UGCGCGUGGCCCCCGGGGGGGGGGUCGGUGCAGACGCAGGGGGUGAAGCACUCGCUGAACCCCUUCUGUGAGAUCGCCCUGGAAGAGGCCGUGAGGCUCCGCGAGGGCGGCAAGGCCACAGAGGUCGUCGUGGCCACCGUGGGCACCAAGGCCAGCCAGGAGACCCUGCGCACGGCGCUCGCGGUCGGGGCCGACCGGGCGGUGCUGGCCGAGGUUGGGGAGGGGGUGGCCCUGGGGCCCCUCGAGGUGGCCACGGCCCUGGCCGGGCUGGUGGGGAAGAUCCAGCCCCAGCUGGUGCUGCUGGGCAAGCAGGCCAUCGAUGACGACUGUAACCAGACGGGGCAGCUCCUCGCCGCCAUGUUGGACUGGCCGCAGGUACCGCGGGGCACCACGGGACACUGGGGGUGUGCGGCUGUCCCGGCAUCCCCCGCGGCACCGCCCAUAGAGACCGCCCAUAGAGAUCAUUGCACCGCGCGGGGCACGACGGGACAGUGGGGGAGUGCGGCCGGAGGGGGGAUAUAUCCCAUCGUCCUUUGCGGCGGUUUCUGCGCGGGGGGGGCCCAGUUUAUGCUGGGAACGCCUCAGUUUGUACUGGGAGGGUACUCGGUUGGUACUGGGAGGGGCCGCUUUACACUGGGAAGGGCUCCCAGCCCUUACUGGGUCAAUCCAAGCCCAUACUGGGAUGCCCCCAUUCCUUACUGGGAUGCCCUCAUUCCAUACUGGGAUGCCCCCACUCCACUGUGGGUGGCUCCCACUCCGCACUGGGACGUUCCCAGUCCAUCCCAGUGCCCUCUGUCCCCCAGG